CUCCCUUGUCCGCCUCCAGUUAUUCUUCCAGCCCCUACCCUUCCCACGCUGCUCUUUUAAGCCUGUCAUAUUUUCCUUUCUAUCUCAUAGAUCCCUCUUGUUCUAAACCCUCUCAUUUGCCCCAUUCUUUCAGUAUGGUGAAGAAGCAGCCGCCGCCGCAGACUGCGGUUUCUUUCGACGCGAUCAUUCAAUCCGAUCGCCGAAAGAAGCAAAACGAACAGCUCGCAAGCCAGAUCCUCGGCAAGAACAGAAAUGAGAAGGGUCGCCGAGCAAGCGCGCCGGGGCCGGGCGUGGUCAGCAAGGUGCCAACCUCGAAGCCGGGGAGCUUGGCCAGUCGCAUCGCGGUUCCAAAGCGAUCCGCGUCGGUCUCUGGCAGACCCAACCAAAUCAACAAGGUCACCAAGCCCACCAAAGCUAAACCUACCCCUGCCACGGCCCAUUCCACGGGGAAAUCCACGAAACCCACACAUCAGCGUCGCCCCAAUACCGAUAAACUUCAGGCUGCUCUCAAGUCGGGCAAUGGUCAAGCCACAGUUCGUCCAGCUCCCCCGGGCAUGACCAUCAAAGGUGCUUCCGGACCCUUCGUGGUAGUCGGAGACAACUUUGCCCCUGGAACCACUGCCGCCGAUAUCCAGUCUGCAAUUGAGCCAAUCUCCGGCCCAAUGCUCUCCUGCAUCGUCACCUCAAACCACCCGACUGUCACCGCAGAAUUUACAUUCUCAGAGAAGUGGUGUGCGGAGAACGCAGUCGCCAACUUCCAUAACCAAAGGGCCGACGGAAGACUUUUGUCCCUCAAACUACAGGCAGCUGGAACCCAAAUACGCACUCCAAGCACUUCUUUCAACGAUCUUCGAGAGCAGGCAGAUCGCGAACGACGGAAUCGACGCGCAGAACCGACCCUUCAAGAUGGCCGCUACGGAUUUGACGACACAGGUGGCGCUCUCGUCUCAGAGGCGGGACUGUACAGUGACGAGAUGAUGGUGGAUGCUCCGCAGCAGAAGAGUCAAACCCGGCGCAGACAGCGACGCUGAUCACUUGCUGGCGCGAGCAACCGACCAAGCGGUAAAGCUGAGCAUGAGCCGUCUACGAGCGGAACCUCGGCGAAUAGGGCCUUGGUGUACAAUUCUUGUUUAUUUUGCUAUUCGGAUGUAUCCAAUUCUCAUGACAUGUAUGAAUAUCAAAUAAUCGAUCAAUUGAUCGACACUCGCAGAAACCCAAUGUUCUUC